UCCAGACAGCCCAUCAUGAUCCACUGCCAUAGCAUGUGUGCAGGGUGUGGGGACCCUAUCCAGGUGGGUCAAUCUCUGUUGGCUCUGGAGCACCAAUGGCACGUCAGCUGCUUCCGCUGCCAGGUCUGCAGACAGCCAAUCACACGCGAGUACUUCAGCAGGGAUGGCAGACCAUACUGUGAAGUGGACUACCAUACGCAGUUUGGCAUCCGCUGUGACAUCUGCACCAGAUUCAUUACAGGCACAGUAUUGGAGGUGGGAGGGCGACAGUUCCAUCCCUCCUGUGCUCGAUGUGCUCACUGCCACCACAUGUUCCUAGAAGGAGAGGAGCUCUACCUGACAGGGGCAGAGCUGUGGCAUCCAGAGUGUAAGAAGGCAGAACGAGCUGAGAGAAAGCUGAGGCGCAGACGUGCAUCGGAGACCUCUGCUUCCUCCAGUCUGGGUUCUCCUGGUCAUGUGAUCAGAGUCAGAUUGGGAAAUGAGUGUCUGGAUUAUAGAACUGUGGCUGCUCUGCCUGAGGACAAAGCCAUUUAUGAGAUGGAGAGUCCAGUUCAACGCCACCAGGGUGUAUGUUUCAGUCGUCGCCAGCGUUCCUCCAGCGUAGACUCCUACAGCCAAUCUGCAUCUUCUCCACCUCAUUACUACUGCACAGGCUCAGACAGUGGCAGGAGCUCACCCUAUCACAGUCAUGCAUACUACACCCCGCCCACCAGGAACAAGACGCCAAAACACUUCCACCUUCCAGCCACAGGAGAGACUAGCAUCUACGGAAAGCCUCCUAUCUACAAACAAGCAGCUUUCCAAAGCCAGUGCAUCACCGGUGAAGACGUCCCAAUGAUGCCAGCAUCACCCAAGCAUCGUACUCACACCCCCCGGUCGCCAAGGAGAUGCAUACCUGGAGGGCAGGAACAUGGGCGGAGUCAGUCCAGACCACAGGGGGAUGUGAUGAGGCAAACAUGUUCCCAUGGAGAUGACCGCCCUGUGACCUGUGACCUCAAACAGACCCACACCAGCAACUAUAAGGUGAGCUGAGCUCUGAAUUCCAACACUAACC